AUGAAGACUGUGUUGGUCGUUGGUAAAUCAUCACCUGUUGCGUUUUUCGUUCAAGGCUCUGAGCUGAUUUCGAAUGUGCCAGGUGCAAACCGUGGCAUUGGGCUUCAGCUGAUCCGAACCUUUAAGGCCCGAGGAUGGCACACUAUUGGCUCUGUUCGCCCCGAAACUUUAAAUGCCAGUGAUCCCUCCAUUUCGGAUCUAAAAGAAACAAAUUCCGAUAUUAUUCAGAUAGACUACAAGGACGAGGACACCGUCAAGUCGGCGGCAGCUGAUCUCACGACCAAAAAACUGUCUCUAGAUGUCCUUGUCAACUGUGGUGGUAACUCUCACCUAUCUUCAUUGCCUAAACGCUCAAUAUCUGAAUCGAAUUCAGGCAUCAAUGUUCGCCCACUUGAGUGGCAUAUCCAUGGACAGGAUGACUUGAUGGAGAGAUUUCAGGUUAUGGUGGUCGGUCCCUUCCUUGUUGCUAAACAUUUUCUACCCUUGAUUACGAAAGAUGGGACGGGGAAGCUGAUUUAUAUCACAUCCAAGUCAGGGAGUAUCGGAGCACCGGAUCAUGAUGGAGAAGUCAUCGGCUAUCGUAUGGCCAAAGCUGCUGCCAACCAGCAAGUCAAGACACUCGCACUUGACUUCCAGCGAGACAAUAUUCCAGUUACAACACUCGCGUUCGAGCCUGGCUUCAUCAAGACAAGGCUCACAGGUUGGCGAGGCCGCGUGGACAUCGAAGAAUCAUGCACUGGAAUGGUAAACAUCAUCGAGAAGUUGGUGCCCGAAAUGUCGGGCUCUUUCUUGGAUUGGAAGGGAGAAACCAUUCUCUAG